CUUUGGCUUCACAACCACAGUGCUAGUAUUAUGUUUCGCUGCCUCAGAGAUCAGCUUUCGCAUUCAGGAAAGCUCUGAGGCGAUGGCUUCCAAUAGUUUUCGUCUGUCAGAGGUGCAGUUUCAGUGUUCCAUCUGCCAAGAUGUUUUCUCAGAGCCCGUCUCCAUCCCCUGCGGUCACAGCUUCUGCUUCACCUGCAUCACAACACACUGGGACGUUAGCCGUGCAAUUAGCUGCCCCAAAUGUCACACAGUCUUUGAAGGCCGCCCUGAGCUUUGUGAAAACUCUUUUGCGAAGGAAAUUUCAGAGCAGAUCCGAGCGAGAAGGCAGAACGGCGUGAUUGCAGCGACAGAAAAAGUCAUCUAUUGCGAUGUGUGCACAGGAACGAAAACUGAGGCACAGAAAUCAUGCCUCACGUGUCUGACUUCGUACUGCGAGAUGCACCUGGAGCCUCACCUGAGAGUUGCCACCUUGAGGAUUCACAAGCUGAUUGAACCCGUGGCAAUGCUGCAGAACAGGAUGUGUAAAAAGCACCAAAGGCUUUUGGAGCUGUUCUGCAGAAGUGACCAGAGGUGUGUUUGUGUGCUGUGCACCGAAACCGACCACCGCUCUCACAAAACGGUCCCAGUGGAACGAGAAAGCCAAGAGAGGAAGGUGCAGAUGAAGAGAAUCGAGGGUGAUGUUCAGCAAAUGAUCCAGGACAGACUGCAGAAAGUGGAGGAGAUUAAACGAUGUGUGGAGCUCAGCAAAGUAAAUUCAAAGAGAGACAUAGAGAAAAGCGUGCAGGUUUUCUCCGCUCUCAUUCGUACCAUGGAGAGAAAUCAAGCCGAGCUGGUGGAGAUGAUCCAGAGGAGGCAGGCGGCAGCGGAGCAGAGGGCAGACAGGCUCGUUGCAGAACUUGAGCUGGAAAUCACUGAACUGCAGAGGAGAAGAAGUGAAAUGGAGCAGCUUUUUCACACAGAUGACCACCUCCAUCUCAUACAGAGGUUUCCAGCUCUGAGUUCUCCUCCAUCGGCCAAAUCCUGCUCUGAAAUCAUCGUCCAUGCAGACACCAGUUUGGGGCUAUUACGCAGAGCAGUGGUCAACAUUGUGCAGCAGCUGCAAUCGGAGCUGAAAAAACUUUCCAUUCAAGAGCAUGAGAAGAUUCAGCAGUAUGCAGCUGAUGUUCAGCUGGACCCCAGGACAGCCAACCCUUGGCUGGUUUUAUCAGAGGAUGGGAGGCAGGUCUGGGAUGGAGAGGCUGAACAAAACGUGGCCGACAUACCAGAGCGUUUUGACACGGCGCCAUGUGUCCUCGCCCUCAAGGGAUUCACCACAGGAAGGCACUACUGGGAGGUGAAUGUCGGAGACAAGACAGCGUGGGAUCUAGGUGUAGCUAAAGAAUCAGUCAACAGGAAAGGUUUGAUCACACUGUGUCCAGAAGAUGGUUAUUGGACUAUCUGUUUGAGGAAGGGCAGUGAGUACCGGGCAUGUGCUGGACAGGCAGAGCUGUUGUGCCUCGCUCAGAGACCACAUGUCGUUGGGGUGUUUUUGGAUUAUGAGGAAGGCAGGGUGUCAUUUUACGACGCAGAGACCCAGUCACACAUCUAUUCUUUCAAAUGCGUCCAAUUCACCGACGCCAUGCUUCCCUUUUUUAACCCUGACAUGAGUGACAACGGCAGCAACAAAUCACCACUUAUCAUCCGCCAAGUCAGUGGAAUUGAUGAAGGCAAGGACUUAGAUGACAUCACUAUAUGAUGUACGUCGAUCUGGGUUUGUUUGUGUUUUUUUGCAUUAAACUGUUCCCUGUUUUGUAAUGCAUGAAGAUAUUUUUAAACAUUUAAAAACUGCAUGCAAAUUCUAAAGUUAGUAUUAAAUUUUUGAAUGAAACUGUUCAUAAAAAAUACUCCUUUCUCAAUAAAUAUCUCAAACUCUACUUGCUUUGCUUAGCAACUGUAAAAUAAUGAUUUCUACAUAUAGGAUAUAUUGUAUUCUGGCUUGUAUACUAGAGAAUUCAUCCUUUUACUUCUAUCAGCUGUCACAUCAUCAAUAAACACUAGUGACUGUACAUGUCCAUGCCAUAACACUGGUCCCACCACAUGCUUCUGAUCAUCAACUGUUUCUUUCCUUCUCCUCCCAUCAUCCUGAUACAAGUUCGUCUUGGUUUCAUCUGUUUUCUGGCCUUCCCGUUCUUGAGUGUUACAGCUCUAAUGUUCUUGUAAAUCCUUGUAUUUAAAACAACACUGAAAAUCUAUAGCAUACAAAUGCAACACAAUGAAUUGACUGAAUCAUCUUCGUAUGUCCUUUUCAUUUGUAUAAUAAACCAU